CUACUCGUUCGACUUGGUUGGUGCUCUUGUACAACUGCCUGAGUGUGAUCAUGUCAAUCACAAAUGAGUCCAUUUGGGCCGCCAGCCCCUCCACAACGAGGGGUCAGCCUACUCAGCUCUCUGCCGAUUCGAAAGGAGAACGUCUCGCAUAUGCAUCGAACAAAUCUAUCUUCGUGCGGUCCAUCGAUAACCCCUCCAUAGCCAGACAGUACACAGAGCAUAAGAGCGCAACCACAGUCGCCCGCUUUUCCCCAUCGGGUUUCUACAUCGCUAGCGGUGAUGCUAGCGGUAUAGUAAGAGUCUGGGACUGCAUCGGUGAUGGUGUCACCAAGGGUGAAUACAGCAUCGUCAAUGGCCGAAUUAACGAUCUUGCCUGGGAUGGCGAUUCUCAACGCAUCAUCGCUGUUGGUGACGGAAAGCAGCGAUAUGGACAUUGCAUUACAUGGGAUAGUGGGAACACCGUUGGCGAGAUCUAUGGACACACGCAAGCCAUCAACUCCGUAUCUAUCAGACAACAGAGACCAUUGCGGGCGGCCGCAGCUGGUGACGAUAAGACGCUAGUCUUUUACCAUGGGGUGCCAUUCAAAUUCAACACCGGCAUUCGAGACAAACAUACGAAUUAUAUAUACGGUGUGGGCUUCAGUCCAGAUGGCUCUACAUUGGUCAGUGUUGGCGGUGACCGGAGGAUAUGGCUCUAUGAUGGUAAAACGGGCGAGGCCAAGGGACAGAUCGGCGAAGGGGAACACAAGGGAAGUAUAUUCAGUGUGUCCUGGUCCGGCGACUCUCGGAAGUUUGCGACUGCUAGCGCCGACAGAACUGUCAAGAUUUGGGACGUUGAAACAGGGAAGGUCUCCCAAAGCUGGCUUCUUGGAGAGGAGGGCACUGUGAACGUUAAUGACCAGCAAGUCGGCGUUGUUUGGCCUUCAGGAAGGAGCGAUGGGCUUGUUAUCAGUCUUUCGUUAAGCGGAGAUCUCAACUACCUGGUGGAAGGCACGCCAAGCCCUAGACAGGUUGUUCACGGCCAUCAGAAGAACAUUACUUGCUUGGGCCACUUUCCUACCGACAGCAGCUCUGAUACUUUGUGGACUGGAAGCUUCGAGGGAAGGGUCUGCAGCUGGGACUUCGCUACCGGCACUGCAGAGAAAGUAGACGGUGAGGGUCAUCCAGGCUAUAUAGCCGGACUUGCGACAACCAAGGAAGGAAGCGGCAGGAUAUAUAGCGUGGGAUGGGAUGAUACCAUUCGAUCUAUUGACAUCGCCGCUAAGACAUACACCGGAACAACCUCGAAGCUCUCUGGACAACCCAAGGGAAUCGCGACAGGUAACUCAACAGUACUGGUUGGAAAUUUGGAUGCCGUUGAAAUAUUCCACGAUGGAAAGAAGACCGGCGAGUUUAAGUCCAAGUCUGCGGUGACGGCAGUCGCCGCACAUGAAACCACGGCCGCCAUCGGAGGCGAUGAUUCGUCUGUCCAAUUCUGUGAUAUUUCCAGCUCUGGUCUCUCCCCAAAGAAAGAAAUUAAGGCAUCCCGUAAUGAAGUGUCUGCCUUGGCUUUCUCCCCGGAUGGCUCCCUUGUGGCCGUGGGCGACUCUCGGGGCCGAGUGCUAGUCUACAAGGUUGCUGAUGGCAGCUUGGUCACCGAUCGUUGGACAGCCCACUCUGCACGGAUUACUUCUAUUGACUGGAACAAGGAUGGUACGCACGUCGUGAGCGGGUCUCUGGACACCAACAUUUUCGUUUGGAGCUUGGCCAAUCCCGGAGAUUGGCUUCGCGCGUUGAAUACUCACAAAGAAGGGGUCAAUGGAGUCGCCUGGAUUGCUGGAGGCACUAAGAUUGCUUCAGUUGGUGCUGAUGCUGCAGUGAAGGUGUGGAAGGUUGAGGGGCUGAAAUGAGGGAAAUAGCCUGGAAGGUGCUUGGAUCUUUACUGCGGGCGCUGGUUUGAACCUAUCCUUUCACAGUGCUGGGGACUUAUGAACAGUCCAUGCCCCCUCAUGAGACCAUUCUCGUUAUAUACAUACAGCACAUGAUAAGUCACAUAUGCCAUGCUAUGUAGAUCUUCAUAGUUUAUACCCAUGAAUGACUUCCUCCAACUGAACUGUUGCAGCGAAAUUUGGUAUCUUAGCGAGCAAGAU